AUGCCAUGCCAGUGUGUGUGGGCGCACGCCUACGCCUGCCCAGCGUCGUCUGUGCCCGCCUCAGAUGGGCGACGCCAACGCGCCCCGAUGCCCACUGUGCCCGCUGAAGGCCACAGACGUCCAGUGAGAUACACAACAGCUGACCCCUCAGAGACGCCAGUCCAGUCCGCGUGCGUCCGUCACCGACCAUCUGUGCCCAUGCCCACCACCCCGCACUCAUGCUCACCACCCUGCACUCAUGCCCACCACCCUACACUCAUGCCCACCACCCUGCGCCCAUGCCCACCACCCCGCACUCAUGCCCACCACCCACCACCCCGCACCCAUGCCCACCACCCCGCCCUCAUGCCCACCACCCUGCACUCAUGCCCACCACCCUGCACUCAUGCCCACCACCCCGCACUCAUGCCCACCACCCUGCACUCAUGCCCACCACCCUGCACUCAUGCCCACCACCCUGCACUCAUGCCCACCACCCCGCACUCAUGCCCACCACCCCGCCCUCAUGCCCACCACCCUGCACUCAUGCCCACCACCCCGCACUCAUGCCCACCACCCCGCACUCAUGCCCACCACCCCGCCCUCAUGCCCACCACCCUGCACUCAUGCCCACCACCCCGCACUCAUGCCCACCACCCCGCCCUCAUGCCCACCACCCUGCACUCAUGCCCACCACCCCGCCCUCAUGCCCACCACCCCGCACUCAUGCCCACCCCCCCGCACUCAUGCCCACCACCCUGCACUCAUGCCCACCACCCCGCACUCAUGCCCACCACCCCGCACUCAUGCCAACCACCCUGCACUCAUGCCCACCACCCCACGCCCAUGCCCACCACCCCGCACUCAUGCCAACCACCCUGCACCCAUGCCCACCACCCUGCGCCCAUGCCCACCACCCCGCACUCAUGCCCACCACCCUGCGCCCAUGCCCACCACCCCGCACUCAUGCCCACCACCCUGCGCCCAUGCCCACUCCCCCGCACUCAUGCCUACCACCCCGCACUCAUGCCCACCACCCUGCGCCCAUGCCCACCACCCCGCACUCAUGCCCACCACCCUGCGCCCAUGCCCACCACCCUGCACUCAUGCCCACCACCCUGCGCCCAUGCCCACCACCUCGCACUCAUGCCCACCACCCCGCCCUCAUGCCCACCACCCUGCGCCCAUGCCCACCACCCUGCGCCCAUGCCCACCACCCCGCACUCAUGCCCACCACCCCGCACUCAUGCCCACCACCCAGCACUCAUGCCCACCACCCCGCACUCAUGCCCACCACCCUGUGCCCAUGCCCACCACCCCGCACUCAUGUUUGCUUUCUCAGUUAUCCGUCUCUGGCAGUGGAAGCAAGACGCUCAUCAAUAG